AUGGUCACCAUUUACUUAGUUUUCUUCAUUAGCUUUUCUUCUGUUUUCCUUCUUCCGGUUAAUCACGCUAACAUAUAUACGAUAUUGUAUGUAAAUACUUAUAGCCCUGGCGCAUCGGAAACAGGCCCUGAAAAUUCCGUUAUAUUCAGACGUCCUCAUCUUGUGAACUCUCAGACGAUUACAACUGUCCAUUCCCCGGAAUUGCCAAAUGUAUCAGCCAGAACCUUUGAUAGCCAUCAUCGCCAUCCACCUGGCCUUCCUCUUGACCAGCACACCCAACGAGUUAAACUCCGAAAUAAUCACCACAGGUACCAGGAAUUCGGGCAGUUUAUACGCAAGUAUCCUCCUUGCACUUUUGAGUCCACAUGCCGGAGGGAAGCCACAGCCCCUAGCAAAUGUGUCUCCAUCAUCGAUGCAUCUCAUGAGACUACCUCGUCAUCCAAGCCGCUAGUAUCCCAAGGAUGCGAAAAGACAUAUGCUAUGCAGUCAAGCGAAUACGUUGAUAGCAUCGGAUGUUGCACAAAAAGAGAUGUUAUCGUCGAAGGUGGUACAGUCGAAUUUAUUUCCGAUGUGCUAACAGGGCCUGGAAAAAGGACUCGUUUCUCUGUCGGUCAGGAUCAAGAAUCUAUCUGUAUGUUUUACUCCUAA